AUGAUCUCGGUACCAUCCGCACCAGGAGCCCUCACCAACUGCCUCACCUCCUCCCACCACCACAACCUUCAUACAAAAACCACCGGCGCCUCCACCUCUGCCUUCCCUCCACCCUUGUCCGAUUCUCCACCUUCCUCCCCCACCACUCUCAUCUCCCACUCUCACCAUGACCUCCAUGACCCACCGAUGAAGAGACCCUCGCUUCCAAAGAGGUCCUACUCUGUCACCUCGCACUCGUCCCGUUCCGUCCACUUCACAGAGGAGAUCACGCCCCGGGAGAUGGCCUUGUCGAUUGUUCAAGCACAGUACCAUAUCUAUCAUACGGAUCUGUCGGGCUAUACUGCUGGCGCGGAUUUGGUCCAGGAUGCACUUACGCGCUUUGCCCUCGGUGGCACCUCAAGAGACUUGUACCAGACAUUCAAGCGGUUCAGGCCCGACAAGGAGCGUAUUCCUCCGACACCGACGAUCACGAUCACGACCCGCAACUGGCGCGAUUGGCUGGGCCACAAGUCCUAUUAUCACGACUACCUCGAUUUCUUUGAUCAGGAGCUGCAACUUCUCGAACAGGAGCAGGAUGCAUCUGAGACCGAGGCAGAGGCGCCCUCUUCUUCGGCUUCAGCUUCAGCUUCAGAGACGAUGACCAGGAUGGCAAAACUAGUGGCAGAGUAUUUGACGCCGUUGAUUCCUGGACUGUGCGCGUCGACGGGGGCGUUGAUUCAUUUGGGGUAUGGUGUCGAGUUUAGGUCGAGGCUGGCCAUGGCCGAGGGGUUGGCGUAUGCUUGUAUCUCGUACCAGCCUGCUACCACUUGCUUCAUCCCCUCCAACGUUCCCUCUUCCUGGCAGCACAAGACUACUACUACUGUGACUUCAGGAGCCACAGGCGCCACAGGAGCGACAGGAACGACGGUGGGGGGUGUGACGAAGAGGUCGCCGACGGUGUCGAUUCUAAACAUGGUUAGGAACGAUAAGCGUCUGGAUGGGAUGUUUGACGCAGGGUUCCAGGGCCGUUUGAAUGUCGUUAUGAGCUCACGUGUUAGUCUGUUGAAGUCCUAUCUCGGCAUGUGGACCAGUCAAGUACAUUCGGUGGAAGAGGCGUUGAAGGAUCUCUCCCAGACAAGCAGCCUACUCUUAUUCACAGCUACCAACCGAUUCGGAGACCAACAGCAGUUGGACAAACAUCUCGCCAACGUUUUGUUGGCGACUCAUGCGGCUCGGUUCUUGAUUCAUGUCUUGCCGGGCGAGGUUGAGAAGGAGCAGUUGUUGAAGGCGAUCUGGAUGUCGCUUGUGGCGACCUUUGUGGUUCAAGGCAGGCCCAAGUUGUCAUUGUCCCAAUCUCAUCAACAGCAUCAACAACCGGUGAUGGCGGAGGUUAACCCACAGGAUGCUGGUGAGCAUGAUGAUGAGGAUGAGGAGGUUGAAGCAAAGUCUAUGGAUGGUGAGAUGAAGGUGCCUUCUGGACGGUGGAAGACCUUGGCGCAGGACGCCAUCCAUGCCGACCAUCAAAUCGUGUCAAAGAUUGUGAGGUGCUUGUGGUGGGCAGAGAUGGAACAUGGAUCGUGCGGAGGAUUGUUUUACGAUGCGGCGUUCCGUGUUAUCGGGGAUGACCCAGCCUCUGACGAGUCCACUGGACCCGGCUUCUAA